AUGAGACUCGGAGCGUUGGUUUUUGUCUUGGCCGCCUACGUCGGCUCCGCGCUGGGCCAGGUCAGCUACUCCAUCCCGGAGGAAAUGGCGAAAGGCUCCGUCGUCGGUAACGUAGCGCUGGAUUUGGGUGUAGAUGUGAAACGGUUGCUAUCGGGUAAAGCGCGGAUUUACGCCACCCGAGACGGAGAAGAGUACAUCGAGCUGAGCAGAGAAAGAGGAGUAAUCCUUGUUAAAGAGAGAAUAGACAGAGAGGGGCUGUGCAGACAGACGACGCCUUGCGCUCUCCACUUGCAGGUUAUUCUGGAGAACCCUAUGGAGUUUUACAGCAUCACGGUUGAAAUCAGAGAUGUGAAUGACAAUGCACCGGCGUUCGAGAAAGCCGAGAUGGAGUUCAGAAUCAGCGAAUCAGCCGUUCCCGGGGCCAAAUUUGUUUUGCAGCGGGCUGUGGAUCGGGAUGUGGGCAUCAAUGACCUGCAGAGCUAUGCGUUGAAACCCAGCGAUAAUUUUGCGCUGAAGCUGUAUAAUAAGGCAGACGGGAAUAAAAAUGUGGAGAUGGUUUUGCAGAAGCCUCUGGACAGGGAGAAAGAGGAGCGUCUAUCUCUUGUGCUGACGGCCGUAGAUGGCGGAGAGCCGCAGAUGUCUGGAACAAUGCAGAUCCACAUCACGGUGUUAGACGCCAAUGAUAACGCCCCUGUUUUUACACAGCCUGAGUACAAGGCCACGAUAACCGAGGGUUCCCCUAAAGGAACCAUAGUUGCCACGGUGAAAGCGUCAGAUGCAGAUCAGGGUUAUAACAGCAAAGUGACGUAUUCAAUCACGAAUACAUUAGAUGACGUCAGGGAUAUGUUUGAGGUGGGUGAGGAAAGCGGCGAAGUCAGAGUGAUUGGAAGUAUUGACUAUGAAAAAGCAAGACGUUUCCAGAUAAACUUACUAGCAAGUGAUAACGGCGGACUCACUGAUUCUUGUAAGUUAAUUGUGGAUGUUGAAGACGUUAAUGACAACAAACCUGAUAUUAACAUAAUGUCAAAGACAAAUGUCCUAUCGGAGGAUGCCGAGCCGUAUACUGCCGUAACAAUGAUACAUAUUGAGGACAUUGACUCUGGCGAAAAUGGCAAGGUGAACUGUUUUAUAAACGCAAAUAUACCUUUCGUCAUUGAAACAUCGACAGAUAAUUUCUUUACUCUAGUGACAGACAGUGAUCUGGACCGAGAGAGAUCCUCAGAGUAUAAUAUCAGUAUCACGUGUUGUGAUGAGGGAGUGCCCUCUCUCUCCAGCAGCGUCACUCUCACCUUACACAUCUCAGAUGUGAAUGACAACGCGCCUGUCUUUGAGAGGAGCUCAUAUGAGGCCUACAUUGUAGAAAACAACACACCGGGUCUCUCCAUAUUCACAGUGAAAGCCACAGACGCUGACUGGAACCAGAAUGCCCGUGUGUCUUAUAUACUGGAGGACUCCUCGGUUAACGGAGUGCCCGUCUCCUCCUAUGUGUCCGUCAGUGCUGAUAGUGGAGUCAUCCAUGCAGUUCGCUCUUUUGACUACGAGCACAUCAAGGAUUUCCACUUGUGUGUUAAAGCGCAGGAUGGAGGCUCUCCUCCACUCAGUAGUAACGUGACUGUGAAAAUAAUCAUCCAGGACCAGAACGACAACGCCCCUCAGGUUCUGUACCCAGUCCAGACCAGCAGCUCUGUGGUGGCUGAAAUGGUGCCUCGUUCAGCAGAUGUGGGCUAUCUGGUGACUAAAGUGGUGGCUGUUGAUGUGGACUCUGGACAGAAUGCCUGGCUCUCCUAUAAGCUGCAGAAAGCCACAGACAGGGCGCUGUUUGAAGUGGGCUUACAGAAUGGGGAAAUAAGGACUAUCCGCCAAGUCACUGAUAAAGAUGCUGUGAAACAAAGGCUGACUGUUGUAGUGGAGGACAACGGGCAGCCCUCUCGUUCAGCUACAGUCAAUGUUAACGUGGCGGUGGCGGACAGCUUCCCUGAAGUGCUCUCGGAGUUCACUGACUUUACACACGACAAGGAGUACAAUGACAACCUGACUUUUUACUUAGUCUUGGCUUUGGCUGUAGUGUCCUUUCUCUUCAUCACCUGCUUAGUGGUCAUCAUAUCAGUGAAGAUAUACAGAUGGAGACAGUCUCGCAUCCUCUAUCAUUCCAGUCUGCCGGUGAUUCCCUAUUAUCCACCACGUUACUCAGACACUUUGGGGACAGGGACUCUCCAACACGUGUACAAUUACGAGGUGUGCAGGACGACUGACUCCAGAAAGAGUGACUGUAAGUUCGGCAGAGCCGGUAGUCAGAACGUGCUGAUAAUGGACCCCAGUUGUACAGGGACGAUGCAGCGGAUCCAGAAUGAAAAGAACAUCCUGGAUGAGCCAGACUCUCCUGUAGAGGUUAGUUAG